GUGAGAGUUGAAUAAAGUAGACGGAGUAGAAGAUGGGAGGAAAAUUCUUCUACCUUCUGGUAGCUUCAACUUUGAUAGCCUACUACAUCUACCAGCCUUUACCAGAGAAUGUGGAGGAACCCUGGAAAGUGAUGCUUUUAGAUGCUAGCUUUAGAAGCUUAAUUCAUGUGGCCACAAUUGUGGAGAAGUUGGGUGUUGGACACUUUAUGGAUGUUCUAAAUCUGCACACAAUUGCUACAUAUACACCUCCUAUAUCUGAUGAAAAAGUCAUUGUAACAGACACAGAAUUUAGCCAUGUUCCAGUACGUCUUUACAUUCCUACAAAGCAGUCAGAUGUCUUGAAAAGAGCAGUGAUUUUCAUCCAUGGAGGUGGAUGGUGUAUAGGAUCAGCAAUUUUUCUUGGCAGCCGCAGCAGAAGUAUCAUCAUUCUAAGGAAUCCCGGAAUGAUUCUAGAUGACCCUGAUGUCAGAACUAAAUUCAAGAUUCAAGCUUUAUUGUAUCCUGGUCUUCAGAGUAUUGAUCUAGAAUUGCCAUCCUAUCAGGAUAAUAAAAACAUACCAAUUCUGUCUAAAACAUUAGUAAUAAGAUUCCUCAGUGAAUAUAUUACAUCAGAUGAAUCUUUUUCCAAAGCUUUAGAGACCAACCAACAUGUUCCUGCAGAGUUCAACCAUCUGUUUCAGUUUGUAAACUGGAGUAAGUGGCUCCCUGAAAGAUUUAAAAAAGGCCACAUUUACACUGACCCAUCACAUAGAAAUUCCAAAACUGGACACAAAUAUCCAGAUUUACUGGAUCCAAGGAGCGGACCACUUUUAGUUGAGGACAUCAAGCUUCAGGGCUUACCACUUACAUAUAUCAUGACUUGUCAAUAUGAUGUCUUGAGGGAUGAUGGAAUUAUGUAUGUUUCCCGUCUUAGGGAAGCAGGAGUUGAGGUAACACAUGAACAUGUUGACAAUGCUUUUCAUGGUGUUGUAACAUUUAUUACAGGCGCUUUUGCCCAAAAUAUAGGCCACAGAAUGGCUAACAACUACAUUGAGUGGCUGAAUAAGAACCUGUGAAAAUACACCCAUACCACCUCAAUUAAUAUUAUUUUUUUCAGGGACAUUAUCUUUUUGGUCAAUAAAUUUGACACUGUAAUUCUGCAGUUAUUAUACUUGAUAUAGAAUCUCUUGUUUCCUG